AAACGAACGCCACCUGGGUUUCCUUUCUUUCUGCACUUUCAGCAAACGAUGUUUUAGGUAGUUUUUGUGUUUGUUUGUGUUGUUUUAUUCAAUCUUGGGACCUGGGGUUCCUGUGGUAUCUUUGAAAAAUUUUCACACAUUUUUCAUGCUGCUUAUAUGGAGGAAAUAUCGCGAUAAGGGCGGUAUGCUAUUUGGUUAAAGAGGGUGGAAAGUUCGCAUUUAAAUAUUUCUUUCUUUUUUUAAUUUGCUCUUAUUUAUUUCGGAAACUUAUCAAAACUGGGGUCGAUAUAUUUGCCAGAGUACUUUUACAAGAAAGCAGGAGGCGACUGACAUUGACUUUUACCUUGGUAGUGUAUGGACAGUUUUUAAGACGGUUUACAAGAACUCUGCUGUGGUUCAACAACAAAUCUCCGAUCCUCCGUCAAUCAUCAUUGAUCCUGUGGACUAAAAAACGUCCUUUUCGCGUGCUGUUUUCUAAUAUCGUCACUUGUGAGUAGUUUCUAGCUGCUGGUUUGCCUGGCUAAAGAGGAAUAAUCAUCUCCCUUGGAAACCUGUUUUCGUGAAAUUAUAUUUGCGGUUUUGUAGCAGACGUCAGUAAUCGAACAGACGACACUUCGAUGACUGCAACUUUGGUCGAUCAGUUUCAACAUCGGUCACCUUGGUUUCAAGUGUUUACAAUGCUGAAUUCGUGGGUGAUUUCAGUCUUAUGAAUAACCAUUUUCAGCUUCUGUUACUGCACUGAAUAUGGAAAAAUUUAUAUGUUUCCGGCCGGUGCCUUAAGCAGAGUUCAGACCAACCCAAUCUACGUACUCGGUCCAGCUGAAUCCUCUUAUUUUCUCUACGAAAAAGCGUCUUAUUUUACUGUUCUAUCAUGCGAUUUAGGUUGAAAAGAACCUGUAAAUGCCUAGGAAUUUUGGUAACCUGCAUUAUUGUUUAUUUUUUCGUAAACUGCGGUUUUGAAGGCUGCGGAAAACAACAACUUGAUCCUAUACACGUGGCAAAGUCGCAUCCCAAACUCGGGAAAAUGAUAAACAUUGAAGACUUCUGGACUCCUGUAAAAACGAAAAUAGUGCCUGACGGAGCAGGAUCAAACGGCCAACCUGUUCAAACGGCCCCGGAAAAUCAGCAAGACAAAGAUCGCGCUUACGCAGAGUAUGGUUUUAAUCAAUACAUCAGUGAUAAAAUUUCUUUGGAUCGCACGAUCAAAGAUACCAGACAUAAUGCGUAAGUAUGAUAGAUAUCAUGCAUGGCUCACUAUCAAUGCUCUGUUUUUGUGUCUUUGAUCACGCUUUCUUUGUUUGAAAUAGAUAUGUAUUUUGGUCAAGGUUCCUAAAAAAUUAAUGAGUUGAAUUUCAAGCUCUCUUUAUGAAAGAAAGUAUAUAGUAAUUGCUUUACUUGUUAUUAUAUUUUUGUGCCCGUUGAGAUUUUUCAAGCACUUUCAAAAAUACUCAUUGACUUACUCAAUUUUUCUCUUGUGAGAAUUAAAACAGUUUCAAAAAGUUUCUUUUGGGAUAGUGCUGUAUUUGUAAAUAUUUUACCUUGGGAGUUGAUAGCUACCUGAUUCUGUGUAACUUAUAGUUUUCUUGUUCAAAUCAAUUAUUUAUAAAAUGUUUGGUGUAACAUGGUUACGAUAACAAGCUUGUAAGCUUUUGGUUUGCAAGUUUGUAACGGAAGAGUUCUGUGUCCAUGGCAGUGUCACUUUUCAGGAAAAAAUAACCAUAUUUAAAUAUUUUCUUGAUUAAAUUCCAUGACCAUGGAUUAAUCCUGGGUCUAAAAGGAAAAGUUGUAGGCAAACCCCUUUAGCAUUUAUUUAUCUAUUUGUGAAUAUACACAGGUGUCAAGUGUGUCCAUUAAUAUUUCUUUUUAUAAUAAACACUGGACCCUAAUAAGCUGCAUUCUUAAGAAAAUGCUUCAUCCCCUCGGUCAAGUCUAAAAUAAAUACUGGAAGUACAGCCCGGGGGAUACUCCCUCAUAUAAGCCAUAUGGGUAUGUGCUGCCCCAAUGGUCUGGUUAUCCACCCUUUUGGUCUGAAAACGGGUAUAGACCCUGCCCAUUUUGGUCUGGAAUUGGGUAUGGUUUUUGAGGAAACUACUGGAGUAAAAAACUUAUUUAUUGUUUCAACUCCAAAUUAGUAAGACAGGAAGAGAAAUAUGCCAGUUUGGAAUAAAUCUUUAGAAAUUUUUUUUGUUGGUAUUCUAAUCUGAGUAAUGAAGACAUAAUUUCUUAGAGGCCAGGUCUGAAAAGGGGUGUGAAAAAUGACAUUUUUUGGUCUCAAAUAGGCUCAGGACUUGGAGAAACAGGCGGCACACCCCCACCAAGAAUUCCCAGGAGUACCCCAUACCUCACCCAGGGCAUUACAGUGAAUGUGUUAGAGGUCAAAUUUAAUUUCUAGUUAAUUUUGACUUAACCAAGGUUAAUUUGCAAUUUUGUAAAUCAACCCAGCCAGGUUCAUAUGAAAAUUUCAGUACUGAAAAGCUCAAAAUAAAUUUUACAUGCUGAUUAUUUUGGUCAUGCUUAUUAUUAAAGCGGGUUAAACCAAUAUCCUGUCUUUUACACAUUAGUAACAACAAAAUUGUUACUAUGCUAUUUUUAUGAUUUUAUUUCCUUUAGAUGCAAGAAACGAACAUACCCUUGGAGUCUUCCAAAGGCUAGUGUGGUAAUUGUGUUUCAUAAUGAAGGUUGGUCAACGUUAUUACGCACAGUACACAGCGUAAUCAACAGGUCGCCACCACAUAUGUUGCAGGAAGUAGUAAUGGUAGAUGACUUUAGCAAUAAAGGUCAGUAAUUUACAUUACAGUAAGAUAUUACUGCUAACUGCAUGCUUAGCUCUACAAAUUGGAUAUUACACUUCGACCUUUUAAGUCUCAAGAGUGAUCAGCAUCAAUUUUCUCCUCACAAUAUUAAUAUUUAAUCCAGAGAAAAGAUUUUGACAGUUAAUAAAAUGAUCACCAAAGAAAAAGAGCUUUGAUCUUUUGUCAAUUUUUCUCAACUACUUCUUUAAGUAAAUGUGUGGAGAUCAGUCUGGAAAAUUUGUGUGUUGAUACAGAUGCUGAAAGGGUUGAAUUGCUCAGCGGGACAACACUCAUGGUCUUAAAAUAAUGAAGAGGAAUGUGCUGGCUUUGCUUUGUAGAUGUAUGCAAAUGAUUAGACAUUUUUAUCAGUCUUCUCUGACCUGCUUUUGUGUCAGGACCAUUGACCCUUUAAACCCUGAUAUCAAGGUAUAAAUUCUCAUUUGUUGUCUCUAUACAUUUCCUAUAGAAAUAAUGGGGAGAAGUUGUUACAGUAUCAAUUAAAUUCAUCUUGUGUUAUCAGUCCCUUAAUUCUUGUGACCAUAACAAAGAUAUUACAAGGAGAAAGUUGAUGCUGAUCACUCUUACGGCUUAAAGGGUUAAAGAAUCCCCUGUGGUGCUUGAAAAGAAAGUGGGGAGUAGAUUCAGGUGGCGUGGUCAAUGUUUUAGGGGCUGGUUGGUUCUCUUACAGUAAUAACUAUUAUUUUGGGUGGUGAAUGUUCAACCAAUGAUUUGUAAGAUAUAGAGAAUAAUUACAUCACAGUAAUACUAAUAUCAACCCCAAGCCACCCAACCCGUAAAACACUGACCAUAUCACAUAAGUCUACUCACACAUCCCUUCUCUUUUUAAACGGUGCAGCAGCAGUUAUCAGUUUCUUGAUAAGCAAGUUGAUACGGGCUACCUGUAUCUUCUGGAACUUUAGGGCUCUGGACCUACCAGUAUGGUAUAAAUAAGAAAAAAAGCCUCGAGUUAAGUACAAUGAUUGGGUUUGAUGUCAAUCACUAAAAUGACAUGUUAAAAAUUACCCCUUUUUUAUCCUUUUUCUUCUGCAGAAUUUCUAAAAGAAAAACUGGAGGAUUAUACAAAGAAAUUAGGAAAUGGGAUAGUCAAGAUUGUUAGGACCAAUGAAAGAGUAGGCCUGAUAAAGGCAAGAUCAAUUGGUGCCAUUAAUUCAGUUGGAGAGGUUGUACUUUUUCUUGAUGCACAUUGUGAGGCUAAUGUUGGUUGGUUACCUCCUUUGCUGGAACGUAUUGCUCUUGAUCGUCGGACUGCAGUUUGUCCAACAAUAGACUUUAUUGAUCAUAACACUUUUGAAUACAAACCUAUGGAUCCUUACAUAAGAGGGACUUUUAAUUGGAGAUUUGAUUACAAAGAGAGACCAGUUCGACCUGAAGAUAUGAGGAAAAGGAAAGAUCCUACUCAAGAAGUCAAGUAUGUUUAGAAAAGAAUAAUUUCUGUUAUUUGACCUGUUUAACACCGCUUAUUUUGAGGUUUAUAUUUUGAAAAAUGUGCUAAAGGUAGGAUCUUGGAAAUAUAUGUAAAAAAAAAAACAAUAUUCAGUGGGGAUUAAGUUUGUUGAUUUGCAAGAUAAAUUUUUGUCCAAGAUUUUGGUAGCUGUCAAAAAAAAGCCCGCAGAUUGCCUUGUUUUGGCUGGAAUGAUUUGGAAGGUUGAAACGGUGAGCGACUGGCUUUGAGUCAUCAUUUUAUUCAUUCUCUUAAGAUCUUGAAGAUGUUUUUGGAAACCAUCACCUAGUUUACUGCCUGUUUUGCCUUUGUUGUUAGAAUGCAAUCUCUGAUACUGUGGCUCCCCCACAGUGAAGAGCUUUGGUGUGAACCAAUCGAAAUCUAUGGUUUGCUGGUGGGUUCAUGCAAUUUCUAAGGAGUACUGACAAUGAAAUUUAAAUGAACAACUCUGCCUUUAAAGUAUCUUGUAUUUUAUUGGUUCUGGUUUACAUGAAACCCAACGUUCAGUUCUUUAGAUCAAUCAGUCAGAUAUAUUUCUGUUUCUUUGCAGAUCACCUGUGAUGGCAGGAGGACUUUUUGCUAUCAAUCGAGAGUUUUUCCAUGAGCUUGGACUUUAUGAUCCAGGAAUGUUUAUCUGGGGUGGAGAACAAUAUGAACUUUCCUUCAAAGUAAGUUAAUUCUGCUCCUUAUUUACACGUCAAUCACUUUACAAUCCCAAAAUAAGAAUGCUUAAUUAUGCUCACUGGCAUAUUUUGCUUAUUAAAGUACCGUCUUUCCUUCAAAACUUUUUCUUCAUCAAAACACUUGAAGUGAACAUCUAGUUCUUUAUUUUGCCAGAUAAUGCACAUGAAAGAACUCUGUUUGUUCACAGAGAUAAAGAUAAGUGGUUCAAUGGAGAGGAAAAUAUUCCUUUGUUGAUACAUGUCAAGUGAGGAUAACCUGCAGUGCAGGUGUAUUUUGGGGAGGCAAAAGCUGCUUGUUUAUGUUCAAAUAAUUGUUGUUGUAGCUGCCAUCUUUGAUUUUAUGACAGAGGAAGAUUGGGGAGAGUGGAAAUAGCAACCCUUAGGGUAGAUUGUAGGGCAAAAGAAGGAAAGGUGGGAGGGGAGAGUUUUCUUGUCUCUCUCCCUACCCCUUCCCCCACCCCCUUUGAGUCGUCCCACUUCCUCCUCUUGUUUGGAGUUCAACAUAGCACUUUUUUAUGUGCAAAACAUUUGCGUGUACAAAGAAAAUGCCUGCACUGCAGGCUUAAGUUAGAAAAGAAGGAGGCAUUCCUCAUGAAAAAAAUAAAAAAGUGAGUGGGGGAGUAGAGGGUAUGGGCAAGAGGCCAUUUUAUUUGCUGUAGUAAAAUGGUAAAGGUGCCCAGAGCCCCACGUGGCCAGAGCUGAGGUCAGUUUCGGUAGCCCAAGCCCCCUGGGAGUAUUGCUACCAACCCCAGAUGCAACCUCGUUCCCAGGGUCCUCUCGAGUGCCGAGUAGGAGAGGACCCUGGGAAUGAGGUUGCCCCAGAUGUGAUGCUAGUACAUUAUUCAGGAUCAAAUGUUUUGACAGCUAACUCUCCUGGCAGCUAUAUUACGAUGAAAAUGUGGACAUGUUCUUUAGUGAUAGUCUAAGGAUUAUCUUUAAUUUGUUGCUUACCGGUAGUUAUGGCAGUGUGGAGGCCAGUUGGAAAAUAUCCCUUGUUCUCGUGUGGGUCACGUCUAUCGACAUCAUGUCCCAUAUUCCUACCCGAAGGCUGAUGCUACUCUCAUAAACUUCAAGCGAGUGGCAGAAGUUUGGAUGGAUGAGUAUAAGGAGUGGCUAUAUGACAAAAAGCCCGAGCUGAAGAAUGUAGACCCAGGAGAUAUCAGUGAUCGGGUCGCAUUACGCAAAAAACUCAAGUGUAAAAGUUUCAAGUGGUACAUGGAAAAUGUUGCUAAUGACACUGUCAGGUCAAUUUAUGAACCUCUUAGGGCUAAUGGUCCAGUAAGUAACAACUGAACAAAACUAUAUAAAUUACUAGCCUGAGCUGUAAUUUUAAUUAGUUAGAUAGCUUUCAGUAUUUCAGAUUUUGUAAGCAGUUUUAUAUGCAUGAUCAUGUCACUAAAUUAUGUGGAAUAUAACUUACAUAGUUAAUAAAGAGGUAACUUCUAGGGAUUAUGACACUUAAGAUAUACCUCGAUCACAUCUCUAAUAAUACUGCUUAACCAGUAGAGGUGAACUAAAGAGACAAAGAGAACAUUACAUGGCCAACAAAUAAGGAGACUGCACCAUUCCAGAACUUGUUACAGCCUAAACAUUGGGUGGGCUUUAGGUGAUCAUUUCAUUGAUAUUGAUAAUUUCAGUAAUUCUCCUCGCUUUUCCUCUGAAUUAUGUAUGGUAUUGUAAGCAGAAAAUUGAUAUUGGUCAAUCUUGGGACUUGAAUCAGGGUACAGGAACAGGCCCAGUGAAUUUAUUGCAAUGCCAGGCAAACUGUAAAAGAUCUUGUUAAAUUUUACAGUAGGUAGUUAAUGCAAAAGAUGACUAGUUUCUCUUUCGUUGUUCCUUUCUUCUGAAAUAAUAAUUAUUUAAUAAUAAUUAUAUCAGAAGGAAGAAGACAAAGAAAGAGACAAGAAUCUUGAGUCCUGGGAGGAUUCAAACCUGUAACAGUCCAGUCCAGUCUGGUAACAGUCCAAACGUAGGGUAAACCUCAGGUAAUCAGUUCAUAAAUGUUAAGGUGAAAGUUGAUGUUGGUCACUCUCGAGACUUUUAAAAAACAUUAAAAAAUGAUAAUAAGACCCAGUGUACUGAUUGCAAGGUCAGGCAGACUAUCACAAACAAAAAAUGAAUAGCUUAAACUUAAAUUUUCUCAUCAACUGAAGUACAGUUCUGUUAUUUAAGGCUGUAUUGAGGUAUUGAAAACAGUUUCCUGUUGUUUUUGGAACGGAUGGCAAGGAUUGAAACUUGAUAUUUUUUUUAAUACUAUGCCUGUAAAAAUCACCAAAAAGAAUAUUAUGGUUAGUGCUCCAUGUUUUGAUAUCUUUUUCGUAACAAGUCUACAGCAGCAUUUUGUGUGAGGGUAAAUGCACUAAGUAAUGACUGUAGCAUAGAAUCAAUUGACCUAAAACAGCAAUAUCCUCAAGACGUAAGCCUUUCUAGUUCCCAGUUAACCUGUGACCAACAUCAAUUUUCUGCUAACAACUUUAGCAGAUCAUCAAGAAUAGAGGUUAUGAGAGUUACUUAAUUCUUACUAAAUUCUUAAAAGAAAUGUAUGGAGAUAAGUCUGGAGAAUUUGUAUGUGCAUCGCUCCUGGGGCUUAAUGGGUUAACAGGUUAGAAGAAAGGAAGAUGAGGGGUACGUUGGGAGUUUCCCAGACUCUUAAACCUUAUUCUCACGUAAUUUCACGAGUAUUAAAUUUCAUGAAAAAUCGUGAGCUGUAUUUUGCGAGUAUUUAAUUUCGUGAUUUUUAGAGGUUUAUAGGGGUUUUUAGAUUCUGUGAGUAUUAAAAUUUGCGAUUUUUGCCAAAUGACAAAAAUCACGAAAUUUAGUACUCUCAAAAUUGAGUCAGAAUAAAGUACCGAUUUAGCCAUUUCUUUUUUCAGAUUCGCAACCCAGGGACUAACCUCUGCUUAGAUUCUUUGGGAAGAAAAGCUGGAGGAGAAGUGGGACUAAUGAAUUGCCAUGGAAUGAUGGGAAAUCAGGUAAAUUACACACAAAACUAGUCUGUCCACAGUCCUUUAAUUUUCCUGUGAGAUUGUUGAGGAUGAGUGCUUUGGUUCCUUUGUGCUAUCGGCAGCCAUCUUGGAUGGGUGUCAAAUCUACUUGAUCCUGACGACCUUACAAAAAAUUAGGGGACUGUGAACAGUCUUACACAAUCCCUGCUUUACAGGCAUCCAAUAAAAUUAAAGGACACCUUAUCCCUAAAAUUCUCCUUGUUCCUGGGUGACGCCCUUACAAUUUCUCUACAAUGGACACUUUUUUCAGUUCUUUUUCAUGACCCUUGUCUCUCCGCCUCUAACACAAGUUUAAGUGAAGUCACAUCCACUCUAUUUCAUUUCAAUUUAUUGGCAGGCUUUUCAGUAUACAUUUCUAGAUGAGUUUCGUCAAGAUGAAGCUUGCUUGGAUGUUAGUCAAAGCCACAGUGGAGCAAAAAUAACGUUUUAUGGCUGUCAUGAAAUGAGAGGAAAUCAGGAAUUUAAGUACACUUCGGUAAGGGACAAUAGAACCUUGAGAUGACAUGCACUCACUCCUGAUCUAUAGACUGCUGUCCUUGGGACAAAUUGUGUUAUUAUCUUUAAUUUCAGAAUGUCUGGUAUUAUUGCAAUACUGCAUUCUAAAAGCGUGGAGGAGUUGGGGUGAUUUAAAGGGUGCAGGGAAGGGUUUGGCAAGAGUCCUUCUUUUCUCCUGCCCCAGGAUUGUUAUUUCUACUCUGCCCAAUCUUCCUCAGUGAUAAAGUCAAAGAUGGUGGCCACAGCAAUAUGAAAACAAACAAGCAGCUUUGUUUGCCCAAAAAAUACGCUUGCAAUGCGGGCGAGAUGUCUUCAUAAAACAGUGCUAUCAUUUAACAAGUGCCUUGUCCUACCCCCUCCCACACCCUGCAUACAGUGCUGAAUCCCGGGAAACUAUUGUGCUGACAUGGGUCCAAUGUUCUGUGGGGGGAGGGGAGAGUGAUUGGACAUGUGUGGUUUAAAAUAAGAACCACACUCGCAGACUUUUGUUCAUGAUUGUAGGCUUCAUGUAGGUUAUCUACUAAAUCCUCUAUUAAGGUAUGGGUCGGUUGAGUAGCUGUCAAGCCUACAACCUUUAACCCCUUAAGAUCAAAAUGUGAAUUCUCAUUUGUUGCCCCUAUUCAUUUCCUACAGAAGUAGUGGGGAGAAGUUGAUAAAAUAUCAAGCAACUUCAUCUUGUGUGAUCAUGUCUGUAAUUCUCAUGACCACUCUGUUUUACAAAGCAUUGAUAUUCAAGGAGAAAUUUGAUGCUGAUCACUCUUAGGGCUUAAAGAGUUUUAAAAUAUGUUUUUAACUUAUUUUCUAUUUACUUUUUUUCUACAGAAGAAGAAACUUGUUCAUGUCAUUACAAACAAUUGCGUGACAGCCACCAAUAGAGGAUAUCCAGUCAUGGAACCAUGUGUAGACAAGCCUGAACAAAUAUGGGAAAUUACAUUAAAUGACCUCUCAAAAAUAACAACUAAAAAAAAAGCUUAA